AGUCUGAGUAGCUUCAACACUCAGAAAUUCAGAAAUAGGUUACUGGUGUCUGUUGAAGUCUGUUAUAAUCAGAGCACUUUAUGCUAUAUUAUAUAUAGCUGUGAGUUAUAUAUAAACAUCCCAAACAAGUGCUUUUUUUGACCUCACAAGUGGGUGAUGUGUUUAAGGGCCUCACCAGGGCAAUGCAGGAUGUGUGCGUGAACUAGUGACCAAUGGGAGCAUUUUAACGUCUAGAAAAAUCAAUUUACUGAGAUCAAUCUGGUGAAGUGCUUUUCCGCCAGUUCCAUCUGUGUUACAUAGACCAGGACACAAAUACACAGAGUCACACUCGGGUCUUGUCCGACAACAGAGCAGGACAUACCAGAGCUGGAACAUGACGAACUUUACAGAGGAAGAUCUGGAACAUUACUUACAAAAUCAGGUGGACCUCAGGCACAGACAGGUCUCCAAAUCAGUAGAAGAAGUGCAGAAAAUAAUCAAAGACUUGACCACUGAGGUCAGCUCUAAAGAUGCUCGCUUCCAAUCCAUCUCCAACUCUGGAGUUCACAAUGACUGUUUUAAGGAUCAGCCUGCUUUAGCAUCAAAAUGGGCUGCGUUACUUCGGGGAAGGUGUACCUUAAAUCCGGCCAUUCAGGUGCUGACUCCCACUCUGUUCCUGAUCUCUGUGCCCGUGCGUGGCCUGAUGGCCUAUAAAGAGAGGCAGGCGCGGCAGUGGAGGUACUACACACUGAGCGGGUCACGCCUUCUCUCCCCAGUGCGAGAUCCAGAGAAGUUGCACCAGUGGCUGGAGCUGGAGAGCUUCGCCAACGCCUCUCAGGAGUGGCAUGACUCCCGUGUGAUCAUGGAGGGGGAUAUCGUUCCCGCUAAAGUCGUCACUGUAUUUAAGGAGCAGGUACAGGCUGCUAUUAAAACCUGCAAACUCACAGCCAAAGUGAGCAUUCUGGAGUCGGUGGGCUCGGUGGUCCGUGUUGCUGUGGAAACCUCGGAUGUGCAGGUCGAGGUGGAGCUGGUGCCCACAGUGGAGCUGAUGAACUGCUGGCCGAAAAGAGCCCGCUGGCCUCACCUGCUGCAGAGAUGGCCUUCAGCUGAGCGCAGCCGCAGCGUUAAGUCUUUUGGUUUUAAUCUAAUGGCUAUGUCCAGUUACCACUGGCUGCUGUCGUUUUCACGGGCAGAGCAGGUGCUGCUGGGAAGUAUGGACGAGGACGGCGGCUGUCGUAAGAAGUGUUACAUGGUGGUCCGUCAGCUGAAGGAGGAUGUGUGGUGUCCAGGGAGCAAACCUGUCAUCACCGCCCACCAUUUACAGAUGCUGCUGUUCUGGACGUGUGAGAAGUACCCAAGCUCCAGGGACUGGCGUAACUUGCGAGAGUGUGUUCUGCGUCUGGUUCAGAAGCUGCAUAAGUGUGUUUCUCAGCGCUACAUCAGGCACUACUUUGUUCGUACCUACAACCUGCUGAAGUACACCAACACUAACGAGCUGGAUGACAUGGCCAAAAAGAUCUCAAACUUCCUGGAAAACCCACACACUUAUAUUCAUUAGGAUAUCACACCUAAUAAAAUGAGUAAAAUAUUUAAAUAAGGGAGAUUAUUUAUGUGUACAGAGAUGCACACCAGCAGUGUGCAUCUCUGUAAAUAUGCACCUUUCUGUUAGAAUAAACACAUCUGAGCUGUGAUAGAGUUCAUUAAGGGUGUGAAGUUGUUGGUAUUUUGUGUAAAAAAAGCAAACAUUUCAGAAAUGUAUAGCAUUCAGUUUUUGAUACUGUAUAUUUUGUUGUAGUUACUGUAACUUGAAUGAAUAUAUAAAAGAUAGAGAGAUAAAACCGAUGCUGCAUUCACAUGCUUUAGCAGUUUAUGUAGGAAAUAAAAACUGUAAAUGUAGCUUUAUUCAUUUUUUUAUGUUUUAUAACAUAUAUGUUGUAUGGUGUUACUAUUAGAAUCAAUGUAUAAAAAGCACAUUAUUUAUAUUUUACCACUGUUUACACGCCCACUGACAAAUUUCCGUGUGCCUGACUUUAGGGUGUUCACAUGUUGAUUCAUGAUGGAAACCUCUUUUUUUCUGAUAAAACUGACCCUCCAUAAAUGCAGCAAUGAGUCUGAAAAUACUUUGUUGUUUUGUUUUUUCAAAAAAUUUAGAGUUUAUGAAUUACAUGGUGAGGCUUGCUCUCUCUGAGUGUGUAGGAUGCCUUACCUUAGCAAACAUCAUACAUAAAUCACAAUUUGUGCUCUAUUCAACCUGUCCAUUUUUAGCUUUACAAGCUUAAGAAUGUGUGACAUUUACAUUCCAUUCUAUAUAUAUAUGAAAACAUCAGGAAGCUCGGAACACAAUAAAACUAUUUUGGUCGACAUAAAAAUGUUUAGCCAUAUAAUACAGAAGAUAUGCCACCCUGAAUUAUUUGAUAUGUAUGUUUACAUUUGUCCAUGGUAUAUGUAAAAUAAUGAACAUUUUGUGUUUAUGUUGUGACCCCACAGCAUAUCUGCAAAUAAACGCUGAAACAUUAA